AAAAGCCUCCCCUGCUCACGUGACCCCGGGAUGAGCCAGAUUAACGGUUCGCUGUUUGCCAGGAGUCCACUUGCGGAAACAGGCACAUCGUUUCAAACGUACGCUGGCGGUCCUGGCACCAAGGACGCCAACUAGUCACAUAUACUAUCUUUGUUAGGACAUUGUAGCCUUGAAUAAUUCAUUGUCGGCAGCAUUCAUGAAAUAGCUUGAAAUUCAUAGCAGGAUAAAUAAUGAUUUCGCCGUGGGACAGGUGGUACUCGACGAGCUGCUGCCUUUGCUGCCACGUACGGACGGGCACCAUUAUUCUGGGAAUAUGGUAUAUGCUCAUCAAUGCGGUGGUCUUACUCAUCUUGUUGUCGGCUCUCAAUGACCCGGUUCAAUACCGCUACCACCUUACCAGCUCUGAGCUGGGAACCGACAUUGAUGUCAUGGACGAUGCCAAUAUGUGCAUAGCCACUGCAAUAUCCCUACUCAUGAUUCUUAUAUGUGGCAUGGCAACAUAUGGUGCUUACAAGCAACAUGCUGCUUGGAUCAUUCCAUUCUUCUGCUACCAAAUCUUCGACUUUGCCCUUAACACACUGGUAGCCAUUAGUGUGGUGGUUUAUCCCAACACGGUGCAGGACUACCUCCAGCAGCUGCCGGGGACAUUCCCGUACAAAGAGGACAUCAUGUCCACUAACAACAUGUGCCUAGUUUUCGCAGUCCUCCUCUUCAUUGGCUGCAUCCUCUCCUUCAAGGCCUACCUGAUUGGCUGUGUGUGGAACUGCUACAGAUAUGUAAGCGGCAGGGGCACCACGGAGGUCCUGGUUUAUGUCACCACCAAUGACACCACGUUCUAUGAGUUGAUACCUCUAAAUGCACAAGGUUCUGCUGCCACCGUACGAGGAGGCCAUGGCCAUACCACCGAAGGAGCCCCCUCCCCAGUAUAUGGAGGCAUGAGAUACGUCCUCCCUGCUGGAUCCUAUACCCCAAACAACCCCCAAUACCUACUACAUCCCCCUCCAACAGUAGGACCCCAACGCUGGCUGGAACAUGUUGAAAAACAAGACAAAACAAUGUCUUAGAGGCUGGUUGCAGCUUGGAUUCCUGCCAACCGUAGAUUAGAUUAGGCCGACCAGUAUUGUCAUUAACUCUUCCCCCCAACACCACCCCCUGGUUGUUGUGACGUAUUUUGCUCCCCUCUCUCGUCUCCUCUGUCCUCCCCCAAGGACAGUAUCGCAGCAACUUCAUCCGCUCCCAACCACGACCUCCACCAACCCUCCCUCUUGGCAGCUGCUGUCCCCUGGCAGCAUCUAAACUCUUGCACGCCCUGAACACUCUGUCCCAACGUAAUUUGCACUUUUCUCUGAGUGAAACGUGCACCGGUCUGGCCACCAACUGUUAACCCCCAAUACUGUGAAUCUCCCUUGUGGUCUUUGUCUAGAAACAAACUACCUGAAGAGAGAUAGCGACAGAGUGAGUGAGAAGGAAAGCGACAUACACGAUCAGUUUUGCAAGAGCACUUUUUUUCAGAAAUUGACAAAUUCCUUCAUUGAAUGUAAUGUUGAGGUAUUUUUGUAUGACUUUUUUGUAUAACAGUGAAAACUGAGAGAAAAUGAAGUGAAUAGUGAAAGGCUGUCCUGUUGUGAUAUAAUAUCAUCUGUGUACUGAUGUAGCUUGUCCUGCAGGAAAUCGUAUUGAAAAAGGUUCCUUGACCAAUAACAACUACGUCCUCCUUUUGUAUCCAUGUAACACACUGUGUGCAAACCUGUAAUCCAUUGACUGCCAGUGAAAACAGUAUUUCAGUUUGCCUUCCUGUCCAUUGUCCUGUCUGUUCUGAGAUUGCAAAAGUUAAGAAAGACUGGCAUUAAUGUAAAGGCAAUACACAUACUUUAAAAUCUAAUGUUUUCCCGUCGAGUGUCAGCUGCAACAGCAUCGUCUGUAUAGUAGUGUUUUUUUGUUUUUUUUUUACAUGGAUCAUGGUGUAUAAUCUGAUCUUUUUAGUUGAGCUGACUUAGCUGGACUGAGGGCAUUUUCCUAUAAAGACGGCGUGACAUGCUGCUGUACAUGCAGAGACUGUGUGUGUGUGUGUUUGCCUGAGCAUUAUGAUGUAACUCCUUGGUCCUUUCUAUGUAGUAACAUUUCUUUUGCACAUGCAGUGAUAUCAUGUUGAGAUAUUUCCUGUGCUGGUGACCUUUUUUGAAAUUAACGAUGGAUGGGAAUCUAAAGCAUUGAUUUAGCUUAGCAUAGUCGCACAAAAUCAAUAUACAGUAUAUGAAGCUAGAGAAACCAGAUGCUUGUCUUUUGCCUGGAACAUUUUAGGCAAUAAAAGACAUAAUAAUGGAACAAACAAUAUUAGAUAUACCUAAUCCCAUUUUUUUCCCAAUAAUUCCUAAAUAGUAUGUACUUUCAACAGAAAAACAUUAAAUCAGAGUUACAUUUUAUCAUUCAGACUAUGCAACAGUGCAUUCAACAACUUGUAAGACCUGGAAAUACAUGUACCAUGAAGUAGUUUUCCAUUUGAUACUAAUACUGUAGUUGAUAAUGUAGUCAUUUGUUGGCCCCUUCAUCAUUGUCCCUGUGUGAAUUGUGGCCACUGCUUUUGCAAAUCCAACAAAGCUAAAAAUGAAAUUGCACUUUAAAGUCAGCGUGAGCUCACUGAUGUGUUUGUGUUUUAUUCAUCUUUAUCACAGUAUGCUGUAACUAAGGGGUUCUGUUAUGAGCAGCCACUGCUGGAUGAUACAAGUUUCUAAAACAUGGCAUAAACAAAUCAAUAUUUGCGUUCUGGAUUCUAAUGUGAUCGAAGGAGGAUUUCAGCUGAGUCGUGCAGGGUUUAGAGAAAAGGCUUGCACAGUAUCUGGACCAGUGGAUGGCUGAAGCUUCAUUUUAUUAGAAUCACUUCAAGACUUUUCACCAUGGCUUCCCAUUCACACACAUCCUCUUGUUGGAUCUGCAUGAGCUCAUGUCUUCAAUUCUGAAUAAUAAAAAGCAAAAUCUA